GUUGCAUAACACCAACACUUACAGCGCAUGAUUAGUGACCUUGAGUUGUAAACAGUGAAAAUAAACAAGCAUGGCCGUUUUAAGAGGAGUUGGAAAAUCGAUUCGUCUUUUAGGCGAAUCACGAUCAUCUGUGUCUGUUGCCCUGUAUCAUAAAAAUGUCAUUGAUCAUUAUGAAAACCCAAGAAAUGUUGGCUCUAUGGAUAAAAAAGAUAAAGAUGUUGGGACAGGACUGGUUGGCGCACCUGCCUGCGGCGAUGUUAUGAAAUUACAGAUUAAAGUGGAUGAUAAUGGUAAAAUAGUUGAUGCUAAAUUCAAAACUUUUGGUUGUGGAUCUGCUAUUGCAUCAAGUUCAUUGGCAACAGAAUGGAUCAAAGGAAAGUCGAUUGAUGAAGCAACGAGUAUCAAGAAUACUGAUAUUGCCAAGGAAUUGAGUUUACCACCGGUGAAAUUACAUUGUUCUAUGUUGGCGGAGGAUGCUAUUAAAGCUGCCUUGAGUGAUUACAAGAUCAAGAACACUAAAGAAAAUGAUAAAGAAGCUGUGUCUAACUGAACAAUGGGAUAAUUAAAUGGAUUCAUUGAUGGCUGUGAUUCGUUGUUUAUAAAUAGUUCAGUUGAAAUGGCUUUUGCUCUGCAUAAAUAUUAGAAAUGAGAAAAAAUAUUUAAGAUAACUACCUAUACCCGUUUUGAGUGUAUUAUUUAGAUCGGUAUUAUUCUUGGAUGGAAUUUCCCUUUUUCAUUCCAUGUUUCCAAAUAAAGAAAUUACAUAUUCAAACAAAAUUUAAGGGUUAGUAAUCGUACAAUAACAGCAGUUAUUUUCUACACUGAAAAAAUUUAACUUUGUACAUAUCUUUAUGUGCUUUAAACAUUUUAUGUAGACCUUUUUGAUGUAGAUUUAGUUAUUAUUGUAUAUAUAUAGUUUAAGGGUUGAAUGUUCUAUCAAAAUCUCUGUAACUUCAAUGUCUUACUAGACAAAUGAAUGCCUAGUUUAUAGAGGGAAUACAUUUAUUUACAUAUUUCUAAAAUCUUAACUUAAUGAUAAUUUUUUUAGUUAAUAGUGUGUUGCAUUUAUUAUGUAAAUGUAUGUACAUGUAUCUUGCAUUGCUAUAUAUUAAUUACAUCGGUUUAAAGAGAUUUAUUAUAGGCAGUUCUUCUUGUAAAUAAAUACUCUUCAAAA